AUGUUCGUAAACAAUCUCGUCAUUUUUCUCGCAGCGCUUCCAGCCAUUGUAGUCUCGUCGCCAGCAGGCCUCCACGAUAGCGACUACGGGAAUGGCGGGAGGUAUGGCUUCAAGAGCUGUAAAGAUAGGGGGGUUAGGCCCGGCAAGUUUGAUUCAAUCGAAACCAAUGCCACCACGGGGAUGGCAACUGUUCCAAAAGACUACACAGGGUUAACGUUCGACCCGCAAUGGUCAGUCAUCAACGUUACGGCUUCUAAGGGAAAACUGCCCUCUAGAAACCAACACUCCGCAGUAUCUAAGCCAAAUGCUCUCAUUGGGUCGAAGUACAAUCCUGAUGACAAGGGAGACCAAUCCCCGGCAAGCUUCGGUGUAAAAGAUGGAACAUUUGAUUUAUUUGGGUUCUACGUUCAACCUAUGGCAAGUCCACCUCCAGGUGUGUCUGUUCAUGUCGUUGGGUAUCCAGCCGACGAGAAGGAGGAACCUUUUAAGUAUUCUUUGGAAUUUCCUGAUGGUGUGGAUACGCCAAUAUACUUCGAUACACACCGGAUGGCAGGCCCAAAACUCUGGAAUGGGCUGAAGAAGGCCGAAAUCUGGAGUACAUAUGGUGACGGCAUUGAUUGGGAGUUCUUUGUGGAUGAUAUCUGGAUUCGAUGGGGAAACGAGACGGAGUCUACACUCACAGCCCAGAACAACGAGGAAUUGAGAUAA